AUGCUCGUGCAGAGUUCAUGACAAACCUCUUUUGACUGUUGUGGCUAGGGUGGGUCAGGUUUGACCCGUUUUGAUAUUGUGGCAGAACCAUGCUUGCGCUUCCUCGUGGAAACCUCAUGCUUCUCCAUCACAGAAAGCUUUUGUCCUCGAUACCCAGAGGAUUCACAAUGCAAAUGGGUUCCGCACGAGCACUCUGUUCACACCGGGAAAUGAAAGACUUACUGGAUUACCUUGAGUCUCUCAAAAAUUACGAGAAAUUGGGAGUGCCCAAAGGAGCAGGCACAGAUUCACACGAGGGGUUCGAUCUUGGUAGAAUGAGACGCCUCAUGGAGCGUUUCGGCAAUCCUCACUUCAAGUUCAAGGCGGUUCAUAUUGCUGGGACAAAGGGAAAGGGAUCAACAGCUGCUUUUAUAUCUAAUAUUCUGCGGACUGAAGGUUAUUCUGUUGGCUGUUACACUAGUCCACAUAUCCAGACUAUCAGGGAACGCAUUUUAGUUGGAAGAUCAGGCAAUCCAGUCUCGGCGAAGUUGUUGAAUGACCUCUUUCGUAGGAUCAAGCCGGAUCUUGACCAGGAAAUGAAAGAGGAAAAUGGUUGCAUAAGCCAUUUUGAGGUUUUCACUACCAUGGCAUUCAUCUUAUUUGCCGAUGAGAGCGUUGACAUUGCUGUUAUUGAGGCUGGGUUAGGUGGUGCACGGGAUGCAACAAAUAUUAUAUCGAGCUCUGGACUUGCUGCGUCAGUCAUAACCACUGUAGGUGAGGAACAUUUGGCAGCUCUUGGGGGUUCUUUGGAAACAAUUGCAAUGGCAAAGGCAGGAAUCAUAAAACAAGACCGGCCAUUGGUGUUGGGUGGGCCAUUUCUUCCUCAUAUUGAGCGCAUUAUUCGAGAUAAAGCACUAACCAUGGAUUCACCUGUAGUGUCAGCUUGUGACACUGGGAAUAUGUGUACUGUGAAAAGUUUCAGCAUACUCAAUGGCAGGCCUUGUCAAAUUUGUGAUAUAGCAAUACAAAUUGUAAGAGAUUUGAAAAUGUCCUGUAAGUUACUUGAUGUGAAGCUGCAAAUGCUUGGAGGUCACCAACUUCAAAAUGCAGCAACUGCAACUUGUGUGGCACUCUGUCUUCGUAAUUUAGGAUGGAUUAUUUCGGAUGAAUCUAUUAGGUCUGGUUUAGAGCAUACAUACCUCCUUGGUAGGAGUCAAUUCCUGAAAUCUGAAGAAGCUGAGGUAUUAGGACUUGCUGGAGCAACAGUACUGCUUGAUGGAGCCCACACCAAAGAGUCUGCCAAGGCACUGAUGAAUACAAUAAAGAUGGCAUUUCCCAAGGCUCGAUUAGCCUUUGUUGUUGCAAUGGCAAGUGACAAAGACCAUCUGGGCUUUGCUCAAGAGAUUCUGUCAGGUGCACAUGUGGAGACUGUUCUUCUGACAGAAGCUGCUAUUGCUGGAGGUGUAACUCGAACAACUCCAUCUUCUUUGUUGAGAGACUCUUGGAUUAAAGCUUCUGACGAGCUUGGCAUUGGAAUUGUUCAUGACGGAAUGGCUGAAUACAGGGAAUUAUUAAAGGAAGAGCCAGUAGGCUCUGAUGAUAAGACCAUAUUGGCUACUGAGUCGUCUUUAAUGUGUUGUUUAAGAACUGCAAAUAAGAUUCUAAUCAGAAGAGGGCAUGAAAAGAGUGUUAUCGUCAUCACUGGAUCUCUGCAUAUUGUAUCCUCAGUCUUGGCUUCUCUCGCUGGUUAAUGGCUUUUUUAAGUGAAGCUACUGAAACGAAUUUCCCUGCAAUAACAAACCAAGAAUUUGGAUGGCGUUGUGUGAUUGAUCAACAUUCAACACAGGCUUCUCUGGGACCUCGAUAAGCUUAACCAUCAUUUUAAUACCAGAAUAGUUAUUAAAUUAUAUUACGGUUCGACCGUCACGGAAUAGUUGAUAGUUGGAUAUAUAUUUUAAUAUUUUAUAUAAUGUGUUGAUUAUUUUACAUAAAACUGUAAUAUUAAGUUGGCUAGUAUUUUUUGUUU